AUGGCGUCAAAUACAACUGUUACUUGUGUUACUGAAGUUGUUAAACAAUUACAUGAUUGGUCAAAACGAAACAUACGUCAAGAAACCUUAAUAUGUACAAUGAAUUUUAUGGAUCUUUAUUCGAUGAUACCCCAAACAGAAGGUAUAAUGUCAAUUAAAAAACUAUUAGAUUAUUUUAAAAUAAAAAAAAUUGGUAAUAUAAAAGCUGAAACAAUAAUUAAAUUAUGUCGAUUCGUAAUACAAAAUAGUUAUUUUUCUUACAAUGGUAAAUAUUUUUAUCAAGUACGUGGUGGUGCUAUAGGUUCUCCAUGA